GCCAAUGGACUCGACUUCUUGAAACCUCGCAGAACCAACGCAACUUCCUUUCAGAAAUAUACGGAGCUCAUGCCAAAGGACAUAGUGGUUGAUAUGCCCACAGACAUGCGAAACCAAGAAGGCCAUUUCUCGACAUUUGACCUCGACUACACUCCGCCAAAGCCAGGGGGAAUUACAUCACUCACUGUUGAUAUCCCUGCUUUGAGCCGCAUCCCAAACGAACCGCGCCCACCUCCAAGAUGGAAAACUCCAGAAUUUAUCUUCUAUUAUGUGGUCGCUUUGUUUGUGAUCCCUCUUAUGGUGUGGAUACCUAUCCACCUGAGUUCACCUUCACAUCCACAUUAUCAAUAUUAUCGUCACAGAUUAUCACCAGGUUGGAUGUUCGGACGCGAAGUUGAUAACAGUGAUACCCAGUAUCGGUCAUUUCGCGACAACAUACUUUCACUCUCAUUCCUUGUCCUGAUCUUCAUUGCUCUCAAAUACAUAUACACACGGUCUGCAUUGCGCUCUGCCCUAAGUAUACCCUCGGAUAAGCUUUACCUGAUUCCGUUUUUCCUUGUGUUCUCUGUUCUGUACCUUACUGGUCUCCACGGGACGAGCGUCUUCAAGAUUAUAAUUAUCCUGACGGCCAACUACUGGAUUGCUAAGACAUCCAAAGGAUCGCGCAUGGGACCACUGCUUACCUGGGUUUUUAACGUUUUAAUCCUAUUUGCUAAUGAGACACAUGGCGGAUAUCGGUAUGCCAGUUUCCACCCUUCAUUAAAAGUUUUGGACGCAUUCCAAGGCAUCUAUCCGCGCUGGCAUAUAAGCUUCAAUAUCACUAUGCUGAGAUUGGUGUCAUUCAAUAUGGAUUACUAUUGGGCCUAUAAUUCUCACUUGAGCUCUGCUUCUACCGAAAAGCAGAGAGCCAACACGCCACUGCCUUUAGAAGAUUAUACAUAUCGGAAUUAUAUCACCUAUGUCCUCUAUCCUCCACUGUACAUCGCUGGCCCUAUUCUGACAUUCAAUAAUUUCAUGUGGCAGUUGCGCCGCCCUAUAGAUAUUCCCAUACGCUUCCUGACCAUGGAGUCCAUAUUACACUACAUGUAUGUUGUGGCCAUCAAAGAUAUGAAGGCUUGGCAAGGCUAUACACCACUGGAGCUAAUCGUCGUCUGGUUAAAACUGCUUUUACCAUGGAGGUUUUUUCGUCUCUGGUCUUUGGCCAGCGGUAUCGACCCACCUGAAAACAUGGUGCGGUGCAUGGUCAAUAAUUACUCUACUCUUGGAUUUUGGCGAAGUUGGCACCGGUCUUACAAUCUCUGGAUCGUCCGAUACAUCUACAUUCCGCUCGGAGGUACAGAGAACGUUGCACUGACAACUGCGCUUGUCUUCACAUUUGUCGCACUCUGGCAUGAUCUAUCCUUUCGCUUGCUUGCGUGGGGAUGGCUCGUCAGUUUUUUCAUCUUACCUGAGCUCCUUGCGAGGUAUCUUCUCCCUCACACAAAGUACGGGCAAUUUUCAUGGUAUCGCCAUGUCUGCGCAAUUGGAGGCGUACUCAACAUGUCAAUGAUGGUUUCCGCAAACCUUGUUGGAUUUGUGAUUGGUACGGACGGGAUAAUGUAUAUGGCCAGCCAGAUGGCGGGAACGUGGCAAGGGUUUUGUUUCUUGCUUGCAGCCAGUUGCAUUAUGUUCGUGGGAGUGCAGCUUAUGUUUGAGUACCGAGAAGAAGAGAUGCGAAGAGGUGUUUACCGAAGGUGUUGAUGAUUUGCUUGAGGUCAUUGAUCGUCAUUAGCGGUCUUAAUUAGCGUCCGCGUUCUGUGCUGCACCUAUAGGAAACGACGUCUCGUGCCUUCCUUCGUCACCCUGAUUCAUUCAAUGAGCUCGUUCAAGAACCCCGUUCGCGAGGAUCAAGCGAAAACCCAUCGUGGCCAAAGAAGAU